AUGUCUUCAGGUACAGGCGAUUCCUUAGUAACAUCAACAAUGAAAAAACCAUAUUUAAAAUCAGAUGAAAUUCACCAACGUACAGGAGAAUUAAAACAAUCCUUAGCAAUAUGGCGUAAUAUUCUUCUACCAUUAAAUAAUUUACUUGAAUGGGAACAUAAAUAUGAUCCCCUUGUUAUUUUUGGUAUUAUUACAUUCAUUUUUAUCUUUAUACUACAAGCAAAUCCAUCAGUACUUACACUUGUUAGUUGUGUUAUUUUGGUUUUUGUACUUAUUGAUUUACUUGUACCAAUGGCAAUUCGUAUAAUUUAUAAAAAUGACAAUUGGACAUCAACUAAGGAUAGUAAAUAUACUCGAUUAUGUGAACGUAUUGCUAAUUUUGAAGAUCAUAUUAAGCAAUUAUGCGAAUCAGCAUUAAAAAUGCGUAAAGAACGACCAUUAAUGUAUUUAAUGAUUGGUGCUAUCUUUCUUGCGUUUAUUGCAUUUUGCGGUCAACGUAUUGACAAUCUUCUUCUUAGUUAUUUAACAACUCUUACAAUUUGUCUUGUACCGGGUAUUCGCAAUCGUCAAUUAAUUCCAUUCAUUCGUCAAUAUAUAAUCGAAUUUUGGAAUAAUAAAAAAUCAAUCGCAUCAUCAUCAUCAUCAUCAUCAACAAAUGUAUCUGUAUCGAGUUCAACUCCAACAAUCUCAUCAGUUCGUACAUCAGCCAUUGUUCGUCCUUCGUCAACUCAACCAACACAUACACUCUAUUCAACAACAUCUUAUGGAAUUAAUAAAACAAAAGCUCAAUAA